AUGUCCGGUGAAUGUUUUUGUCUUCAGUGCUGUGGAUGGGAUUCCAGUGAGAGCACGGGAAUGUCGGAUCAAACGGAAACGGGUCUUGAUAUUGGACCCGAGGAAGUGAGAUUGUAUCCUGUACAGAUGAUCAAUACCUUUCAUGAGACUGAUCAAGGGGAGAUGAAUCUAGGGUAUGAGAGAGUGUUUGUACAGCGACCUAUAGGCGGAACCUUUAUUGAACCCCUUGAUGAGACACCACCACCACCCAACCCAGCUUCCGACAGGGACAGUGACUUCAGGUUCCAUGAUGAGGAGGAAAGGUUGCAAACAUUUUCAGGGUGUUGGUCCGACGUCUACCCUGUGGACCCUAUCAGUUUGGCUAAAAAUGGUUUUAUCUUCAUUGGACCUGGCGACCUUGUCAAGUGUGUUUUCUGUUUGAAUACGUUGAAGGGAUGGGAAACGGGUGAUGUGGUAGAAGAAGAACAUCGACGCCAUUAUCCAGACUGUCCUUUUAUGCGACCCAGAAUUCAAGUUGAACUUGUUACACGGCACAAUAAAUAUUUGGAAGAGCAGAUACAAGUUCUGGAACCUGUCAUGAAUGUUAUGAAUCUAGCAAUUGAUUAUUAA